GCGGAGCCAGUCGGUGGUGCGCGUCCAGCGAACGGAAGUAGCUGUUGGGAGCUAUCGGACGCUUUAAAUUCCUGCGGGGUGGAGGACUUUGCUUAAUUGCUGGAGCCUGGCUUCUCCCUCGCAUGGCUGUGGACGUGAAGUCUCGGGCGAAGCGCUAUGAGAAACUGGAUUUCCUCGGAGAGGGGCAGUUUGCUACCGUCUAUAAGGCCAGAGAUAAGAACACCAACCAGAUUGUCGCCAUUAAGAAAAUCAAACUUGGACACAGAUCAGAAGCUAAAGAUGGUAUAAAUAGAACAGCCUUAAGAGAGAUAAAACUGUUGCAGGAGCUAAGUCAUCCGAAUAUAAUUGGUCUCCUUGAUGCCUUUGGACAUAAAUCGAAUAUUAGUCUUGUCUUUGAUUUUAUGGAAACUGACCUAGAGGUCAUAAUAAAGGAUAAUAGUCUCGUGUUGACACCAUCCCACAUUAAAGCUUACAUGUUGAUGACUCUUCAGGGAUUAGAAUAUUUGCAUCAGCAUUGGAUUCUACACAGGGAUCUGAAACCAAACAACUUGUUGUUAGAUGAGGGCGGAGUUCUGAAACUGGCAGAUUUUGGCUUGGCCAAAUCAUUUGGGAGCCCCAACAGGGCUUACACACAUCAAGUUGUGACCAGAUGGUACCGGGCCCCUGAGUUACUGUUUGGAGCUAGGAUGUAUGGUGUGGGUGUGGACAUGUGGGCUGUUGGCUGUAUAUUAGCAGAAUUGCUUCUAAGGGUUCCUUUUUUGCCUGGAGAUUCAGACCUUGAUCAGCUAACAAGAAUAUUUGAGACUUUGGGUACACCAACUGAAGAGCAGUGGCCUGACAUGUGCAGCCUCCCAGAUUAUGUGACGUUCAAGAGCUUCCCUGGGAUCCCCCUGCAGCACAUCUUCAUUGCAGCCGGAGAUGACCUGCUUGAUCUCAUCCAGGGCUUGUUCUUAUUUAACCCGUGCACCAGAAUUACAGCCUCACAGGCGUUGAAGACUAAGUACUUCAGUAAUCGUCCCGGGCCAACACCCGGAUGCCAGCUUCCAAGACCAAACUGUCCAGUGGAAACAUUAAAGGAACAGUCAAAUCCAACCAUGGCUACAAAACGGAAAAGAACAGAGGCCUUAGAACAAGGAAUAUUGCCCAAGAAGCUAAUUUUUUAGUUGCAGCAAACAAUGGACAGUGUUUCACUCCUGAAAGGAAUAAUACAAAAGGCAAAUAAUGGAAAAAAAUAGGGAACAUUAAAUGCUGUAGAAGAGAACUUGUAAAUAUUUUACACAUGUAAAAUAUGUAAAACUAUGGCUUAUUUUUAUUAAAUGUAUUUUAAAAUAAAAUAUUUGUGAUUUGUGUAGAGCACAAGAAUAAGUUCCAUUCUCUGGAAUGUAACUGACAGCGCACUAACAUGUAAUUACUGGGUAUUCUGCAGCUCUGGAUGGUAGACCACCUCAGGAUGUUUAGGAAUCGUGUUUAAAACAGAAAAAUACCGUUAGCAGUUUUGCAGAUACUUAACCCCACUAUCCAGCUUAAUUAGUCUUGAAAAGAUAAAACUGCCCCCUCCCCUUACUAGUCCUCACCUUGAACUCACUGCAUCUUCCUGCCUUAUCCCCUGAGGUGCUUUGAUUGUUCCGACAUGCACCACGAGGACUAGCCCGUAAGUACUUUUCAUCCCGCAUCUUUUUUCCCUUCCCAAGGAAACCACAAGGGAAACUUGUGUUUGUCUUUCUGUGGUUUUAUACUGGUGUCUUCAAAGACCUCUGUCUCACCUUAUGGUAGCCCCAUCCUUUGAUCCUAGUGCAUAAAAGGCAAGUGGCUCUCUGAGAGUUUGGGGCCAGCCUGGUCUACAUACUGAGCUCUAAGUGAGCCAGGGUUACAUAGUGAGCCCUGUCUCAAAAAGCAGUAAUAAACAAAACAAAAACCUCUAUCUCAUAUUAUUGGUGUUUUUUAAUUUAGAAACUUUCUUUCCAUAUCAAUAGAUAUUAAUCGAGUUGAUUUAAUUACUAUAUAAUAAUGUAUUGUGUAAAUAAUGCUAUUUAUCUGUGCUUUAAUUAUGGGUCAUUAUUUUUCUAUUGCUGUAUAAAAUUUAUCAUAAAAAAAUAGCAGGAAUUGCCAGGCAUAGUGGUAUCUUAUCCCUUUAGUCCCAGGAGGCAGAGCCAGGUGGCGCUCUAUGAAUUUAAGGCCAGGAGAGUCUAUAGUUCAGGGCAACAAAGUGAGAACCUUUCUCAAGAAAGAGAGCACAAAUUUGGGCGGCAUUAGUGCUAGAACAUUUUCCUAGCAUAUGUGAGCCCUUGAUUUCAGUACCUGGCGUUGUAAAAUAAAUAACACAAACCUGUUGGGUAAUUGUUCUUAGGUGAGAUAACUAGCUAGCAUGGCUCAACAAAACAAGGUGUUGGUCGUACGAACUUUUUUUUUAAGUUAUUACUAUUAUGUGCAUGUGUGUUUUGUCUACAUGUAUAUUCUGUGUAACGUGCAUCCGGUGCUCAUGGAGGCCAGAAAAAUGUCGUUGGAUCCUCUGGAAUUGGAAUUAUGGAUGGUUGUAAUCCACCAUGAGGGUGCUGGAAAUCCAACCCAGGUACUCUGGAAGAACAGCCAGUGCCUCAUUACUAAGUCAUCUCUCCAGCCACACAAACUUUCCACACAAAAAGAGAGCAAAACCUCACUCGAGUUCUGCAUCUUCCUUGAGUCCCAUGGGGGUUCAGAAGUUAAAACUGAUAUAAAACUCAUAGAGGAAAAACUGUACAAGCUUAUUUAAUAUAAGUUUACAUGGGGCCAGGUUUGGCUACUCAUGCUUAUAAUCCCAUACUUGUCAGGCUGAGGCUGAACUCUAAUUAUACCCUCAAAGCAAGCCCCACCCAUCUCAAAAAGGAAAACAAAAUAACAUUUUUGGCAUCUGAGCCUCAUCACAAAGACAUAGAGAACCAGUUAAGAGUCAGCUGCUUACCUGGGCAUUGUGGCACACGCCUGUAAUCCUAGUACUGUGGGAAGCAGAGGCAGGUGGGUCUCUAAGUUCGAGGCCAGUCUGGUCUACAAAGUGAGUCCAGGACAGCCAAGGCUACACAGAGAGACCCUGUUUGGAAACAAAAAACAAAAAAUAGAAGAGUGAGCAACUUAGUUGGCGUGCUAGGCAGAGGCAAGGAUAUCUCUAUGAGUUUGAGGAUAUCCUGGAAAUAGAAGAGUGAGCAACUUAGUUGGCGUGCUAGGCAGAGGCAAGGAUAUCUCUGAGUUUGAGGAUAUCCUGGUCUCAAUAGCUAGUUCUCAGGCAGCAAGGGAUACAUCGUGAGACCCUGUCUCACAAAUAAUAAGGUCAGCUGCUUAUUUUAUAUCAGAAAAGAAUAGUAAUGAAAAAGUGUAAGGCAGAAUGGCUUGAUCCAGAGUUAGCUUGAAAGGGAAACAUUUAGGAAAAUAAAAGAUUAACAGAACUGGUUAUGCAAGAUUCAUCAGCUUUCUCAUCUGUGAUGUUGAAGAUGUAUCUUUUUUUUUAAUCUCUUAUUUAAAAAAAUAUGUGGAUGGGUGCUUUGCCUGCUUGUGUAUCUGCAUCAGGUGUGCGCUGUGGAGGCCAGAAGCGGGUGUAUCAUCUGAAACUGGAGCUACAUAGCUGUGCUCUGCUGUGUGGGUUCUAAGCAAACCUGGGGCAUCUGGAAGAGCCACAGGCCUUAACCACCGAGCCAUCUCUCCACCUAUCAUGUCUUUUAAGAAGCACACAGAGAUCAGAGUGCUUUUUUACCUUUGGUGUGUCUGGUAGGUGUGCGUAUGUGCACUCAUGCCACGGCACAUGUAUAGAGGUCGAUGGACAGCCUCAUCUUUGCCCGCCACCAUUUUUAAGGCAGUAUCUCAAGCCACUCUGUCCGUGCCCAGGCUUGCUGGCCUGCAAGCUUUUGGUCACUGUUUUCUCUGUGCUUGAAUUUUUUUUUUUUUUUUUUUUUUUUUUUUUGUUUACUCCCUACAUACCCCAGGCAGGAUAUCUCAGGCUGGUCUUGAACUUACCCUCGUACCUCAGCACCCAGAAUAUUUAGGAUGACAGGCAUGCUCCAUCCCUCUAACUCUUGGUUUUCUGAAGGUAGCUCACGUCUUCUAUUGUGAGGCUCACUAUCUACAAAUUAGCAGUAAGUGCUGUAUCCUUGUGCUUCAAGUCUGGUUUUCUCGUGGGCUACUGCUGGGGAGACAGAAACAAUGUCUACCCUCUCCUACAGUCCAAAGGACAAACCAGAGUGAGACUCCAGAGUUCUCUGUAAAGCGGUGGGUAAGAGGUCCGAAGCAGGAGCAUGGGUACCCUUAAAGUAGCCACAGCCGAAAGCCUGAACCCAGCAUGGAUGUGACUCCCCUGGGCUCCUACCUAAAUACUCUAGCCCAUUCCAUUGGCCCCCAAGACCACAAGCAAUGAGGACAGAAUUGCAUAUAGGGACUGGUGGCUGGAUACUGGAGCAUCCAUCACAUGAUCCUCCCCAGUUCUUCCAAGAGUCAAACCCAGCUGGACUCCUCAAGAUGUCAGUUUGGCAUAGAGGAUAGUCUUGACCAGCAGCUACUAAGAGAGAGACUCAGAAUAAGGAAAUGGAAGAAGAGUCUGCAGGCCGGGCUCAGGACAGGUGUGCUUGCUGCUCUUCAAGAGGACUGGAGUUCAGUUCCCAGCACUGACAUGGGGCAGCUCACAACUACCAGUAACUCCAGCUCCAGGGAAUCUGUUGCCCUCUUCUGGCCUCCUCAGGGACCUGCACUCACAUGUGCACACAAACACACACAUAAAAUAAACCUUUGAUAUUUUUGAGACAAGGUUUCACUAUGUAAACCUAGAUGGCCCUGAACUUGCUAGACCUGCCUGCUUUUGCUUCUUCCGCCAGAGCCCUGGGAUUAGAGGUGUGCACCACCGUGCAAAGCCAAAAUAAAUCUUUUCAAAGAAGGAAAGGUACAUGACUAGUUAGGUGUGUGGCUUUACUUUCACUUUUAAAAAUCUCUUCAGACCAAUUUCAGGACUGCAUAUGCAGUUUAUCUAACAUGCAUACAUAGAGUGCAUGCAUUCUGGGUUAGUGUUGAUACUGUUUUUGAUGUGUUACCUCCCACGCCAGAUAGAGAAUUAUGUCUUCAAUCUGGGAAAAAAAAAGUGAUUUUUUUUUUUAAUCACCUUGGCAUUCCUGUUCCAUGAUUAAAUUUCACAGCACGUGAAUAUGUCUUGCACAUAUUGAGGGCUUCAAGAAACCCUGUCUCAAAAAACUAAAAACAAAAAACAAAAAGAAACAAAAAACCAUCUAUUCCUUUAAUAGCCACUCAGAUGCCAAGUUGCCCAGCUCAUGUGUUUGUGCAUUUUCAGGCAUGGCUGCCCUGUGUGGCCUAGGUUGCCCUGUCCCCCAUGAGCCGCCUGCCGCCUGUUUCCUAUGAGCUGUGCCAUGCCACAGGUGGAUGUGCCCUUCCUGGCUUCUUCCUUGCUGUGUUCUGGGGAUUAUUACAGCAUACAAGUGCGUAGCCUGUGGUAUGGUUGUGCUAAACCUCUGUUUUUAGCUUUCUGUUAUACUUCCCUGUGUGUGUGUACACGGGCAUGCACACUUGCGCGCACAUCCUACAGAUCGGGUGGCGGUCGGAGGACAGCUUAUAGCAUCAUGUAGGGCAGGAGGCCCAAACUCAGGUAGUCGUGCUCAACAGCACCGUCUCCUGCCGAGCCCGCUCACUGCAAGCAGCUUUUAGUACCUGUUGGGUUGAAACAAGGUCUCUACCAUAUAUAGCCCACGGUGGCCUCAAACUCUGCCUCCCAAGAGGGGUUACAGGCAUGCGCUACCACGCCAGGCUACCAAUGGGCUUUUAUAUUGCUAGAGCCUUGAUGAUGCCGAAGAUACCUGUACUAGCCUUAACACAUCUGUGUGCAGUUCCUGCCUGUGUGUGGGAUAAGAUCCUAGCUGGAUCAGAUGUGAGUUUUUAGCCUUAAAAAUAAACCAAAAACCUCCAAACUAUAAAACACACAUGCCACUUUUGCUUAUAGCCAUUUUUCUUUGAUUUGUAGAAUUUUUCUAAUAGAGAAAUGUAAUGCUCAGUCAGUACCCUCUUUCCUUUAUGCCCUUCACACUGUGUCACUUCCUGUCAGAGGGGUUGAGUGGGUCAUCGCAGUGACUUUCCUUUGUGCUUUACACAUGUGCGUGAUAUGCUAAUACAUGGAUGUCUUCCCUAAUAAAAACGACACCGCUUACUGUGGAGCUCA